AUAAACCCAUAUCCGAAACCAUCUUGGAGGCAUUUCCAGUUACGCCUACGGAGAUACAAAGAAAGAGAGAGUUAGAUGAAGACUCAUUUCUGGGUUCGAGCUUCUGAUUCUGAUUUUACUGGGCCACUUCCCCAACCUCGAAGUGGCCACACAGCUGUGAACAUCGGGAAUUCGAAGAUCAUAUUUUUCGGUGGCCUAGUAGACAAGAAAUUCUUAAAUGACGUCACUGUUUAUGACAUUGACAACGAUUUGUGGUUUCAACCAGAGUGCACGGGCAGUGGUUCUGAUGGGAAUGUGGGCCCAAGUCCACGUGCUUUUCAUAUUGCUAUUUCAAUAGAUUGUCACAUGUUCAUAUUUGGUGGGAGGUCUGGUGCGAAGAGGUUAGGUGAUUUCUGGGUUCUGGAUACUGAUAUUUGGCAGUGGUCAGAACUUACCACAUUUGGCGACUUGCCUUCAUCUAGGGAUUUUGCAGCUGCUUCGGCUGUUGGAAACAGUAAAAUUGUAAUGUUUGGCGGCUGGGAUGGCAAAAAGUGGCUCUCAGAUGUCUAUGUCCUAGACACAAUUUCACUUGAGUGGAUGGAGUUGUCCAUUUCAGGAACAUUACCUCCACCGAGAUGUGGCCAUUCUGUUAUAAUGAUUGAGAAGCGGUUACUCAUCUAUGGUGGCAGAGGUGGUGGGGGUCCAAUCAUGGGUGAUCUAUGGGCUUUAAAAGGACUCAUUAAAGAAGGGGACACCCAAAAUGGCAAAGUGUUCACUAUUUUGUGGAACGAGGAAGAGAAUGAACCACCUGGAUGGACCCAAUUAAAGCUUCCAGGACAAGCUCCUUCACCCCGUUGUGGACACACCAUGGCUUCUGGAGGGCCUUAUCUUAUGUUAUUUGGAGGGCAUGGAACCGGUGGUUGGUUGAGCCGUUAUGAUAUUUAUUACAAUGACUGUGUUGUUCUAGACAGGGUGUCUGUGCAAUGGAAACACUUGUCUACUAGCAACGAACCCCCAGCUGCUCGAGCAUAUCAUUCGAUGAACUGUGUUGGUUCUCGGUACCUUUUGUUCGGUGGCUUUGAUGGAAAAUCAACUUAUGGUGAUCUCUGGUGGCUUGUACCUGAAGAUGAUCCUAUUGCAAAGAGGCCUGGAGUAUCUUCUUCUGAUGUUGUUCCAGAAAGAGAUACAACCAUGGAAGAAAAGGAAAGCCGAAGAGAAGGAGAUGCAAUAACAGAGUUGCAGAAACGAUUAGAAAUUUCAGGUUUACUUUCUAAUUCUAUGCACAUUGUCGAUGAAAUGGAAGACAAAGAACUUAUCCAACAGGCAUUAAGAGUUGGCGGUAAAGAGGCUGUCAGUAACAUGCAGGCUGUGCAGGCACUCCGAGACCACUGGAUGCGAUCUGGUCCUGAAUCCAUAACAUUGAAGGAGAUUACCCCAUUACUCCAUGAUUACCAACGCUUAAUUACCCGCCAUCAUAUAGAGAAGGAUGGAUCUAAUCUUGAGCUUGUGCUACUUGGUUUCGCUGGAAAAGGUGCAUCAUUUCGCUUCUACCACAUCAAAACUGCUUCUCAGCUGCGCUUGAACGACAUCCCCAAUUUAUUAGCAGAGUACAAAGAGCUUCUCUCAUCUACAAAUAUAAGUUGACAGACUGACAGCUUUCUUAGGUAUAAUCAGUAACUAUUUGCAAAUUCAGUUACAUCUUUUUUUUUCCUAGAGAAGAUUUGCCUGAAAGAUUACCUAUAAAUCUAUACUACAAAGCUUCCGAUGCCUGUUUGGCUCCAUUCCGUUAUCAUGUUUGCUGUUCUCGAUUACAUCUGUUGUGAAUUGUAUCAAAUCUGUUGAAACUUUGGUAAUUUUGGAUUGAACGCUUGUCUUC